AUGGCAUCUGAGGUAGACAGUCCAUCUCAGCUUCUCGACAGAACCAACUUCAAGUCUUCCUUGGAAGAGUUUCAAAGAUUAAUAAGAUCAAUAGUUGCCCAAAAUAAAGUGGAUAAGACUGAAGGUUCUAAACAAGAAGAAAACAUUGACAAUAGUCAGUUUUAUAACAUUGUUACACGACUUUUUGGACAUGGUUUGAAAACUCAAGAGGUUAAAGCUUUUUAUAGGAAGAUUUCUAAUCACCCAGAUGCUCCCAUUGACUGGACUGAGCUCUUUGGCUGCUUUCAGAGAGAUGAGGAUAUCAUCACUGCACAUUCGAAUCCAGAGAAUUCAAUUUUUUUUCUGUCCAAGAGAAAAACAAUUAAAAAUGCAUCAGCAGGAAAAAAGAAAAGAGAUUCUAUUCAGUGUAUUGUGAAAGUACCACUACUGGAUGCUGUAGUGACAGUCUCAGAAUAUGGGACCAUUUCACUUUUUAACAGCCAGGAGAGUUCCUGGUUUUCAGGAUGUGACUUCCUGAAUCAACUUAAAAGAGUUGUUGCUGUGACAGAAAGAAGCGUUGUCAUAUGGGAUUACAAGGGUCAUGGACAGAAUCAGAAUAACCAUGUCUGCAUCAAACCAAUGGAGCACUGUUUAUUGUGUGUUUGCACUGUGAUUUCACAAGACCAGUCCAUGCAGGAUGAUAUAUUGGUAGGAGAUGAUGCUGGAUUUGUAAGUCUGUAUACUAUUUCAAGUGAUGACCUCAAAGUACAACACUCAAAGUCAAGAAAGAUGUCUCAUCCAGUUGCCCUAGAUUCCAACAACUUUAGGAGGUUCAGAAGAAAGCUGCACCAUGACUGGGUUGUUAAAAUAAAGUAUUUCCCAGAGCUAAAUCUUUUUGCUUCAUCAUCCCCAGACAGCACUAGUUCCUUAGUUCUAGAUGAUGUGAAAAUGAUAAAAGACACUGGAUCUGUUAGAGUAUUCUCAGUUCCUAAAGGAGUUACCACAUUUGUCUACUGUGUGAAAGCAAAUAUAAUUGCGACUGGAGGACACGAUAAAGUUAUACGCUUAUGGCAUCCAAAUACUACGAAGAAACCUAUGGCAAAAUUAUUUGGUCAUUUAUACUCAAUUGCUGACAUUGCAGUCAAUGAAAAAGACCAGCACAUUAUUAGUCUGUCAACUGCAAGGGGAUUUAGAGUAUGGGAUAUACACACUCUUUCGUUACUGCAAGUCUUCUUUGAUAAAGGACAGGGACCCUGUGACAGGCGAAUAAACUCCAUGAUAUUUGAUAAUAAGCAUCUUAGACUUAUCACUGGUUCAUGCAUGUUGGAUGUUUGGCCUCUAACACGAAUGAUUCAAGAUACAAGACAAGUCCCACGUUCACAUGAUAGGCCAAUAAAUGUACUUUUAUAUAACAAGGUCUUUCAUCAGGUUCUCAGCAUUUGUUCAGAGUCUGUUUUAAAGGUUUGGGAAAUGGAGACAGGUUAUCAAAUAUAUGAAAUUAAAGAUCCUCAUGGAGCUACUAUUGAAGUUACUGCUGCGGCUAUUAAUAUAAAUGGAUUCCAUUUCGCUACUGGAGCUUAUAAUGGUUCAUUGACAAUAUGGGAUUUUGGGAAUGGUUAUGAAGUAAAGACUCUUCCUCCCAUGAAAGGAUAUAAAGAUGAAGAUCGAGGCUUCUGUCAGCUAAGUUUCCUGCGAGCCAUUGAUAAUCAGCACAUAGUUAUUGCCCUGGAUAUGAGCGGGAAAAUAAAAAUGAUUCAGGGAAAUGAGGACCAUGCUACCUUAUUUGUAACCAUGGAAUUUAAUGAAGAUAUUGGUGCUUGGUUUAAAACAUUUGAACCAAUGCAGACCAAAACAGCGGGACAUACCGAACCUUUACAUGCCAUCCAAAUCACAUGUGAUCCAAAGCUUGGUGGAGUUAAUGAACAGCAGAUCAAAUCUCAUAGAAGAACGAUCAUAUGUUUUGAUGCACUUGGGAUGGAAGAUUAUAUUAUUAUUGUAACUGGAGGUUUAUAUGGGGAGAUAAACAUGUACAACUUGGAUCCAUCAACUGUUCAUCUCAUCUGCAGCCGAAAGGUUGAAGAUGAUACCAUGCCCAGUACACUUCCCGGCAAUGGAAAGGCAAAAAGGAUAAAUUCUGUGUUGUUUAUUUCACAUGCAAAUGCUGAAGAUGUUAACAGACUAAGUAACAAAUAUUGUAUAUACUAUGUUGUACUAGAAGACGAACAUGAUGAAGAGCCACAUGGAAAUGAUUCUUGCUCAAUGAAUGGCAAGUCAGUCCAUCCGCUCAUAGUUUCAGGUCAUGAGAAUGGAUACCUCUAUUUGUGGAAUAACAAGGGAGACUUGAUAACGAAGUUACUACCUUAUACAAAGCAUCCUCCUAUUUCCCUGACAGUGCUUUGUGCAAAUAAGUCCAGUAAGAUUAUCUUAGCUGGUAAUAGAGAGGGCUAUGUCAUAAUAUGGAGGCUUCUCAACGGUGAAGAGUCCAAUCAACUAGGAUCAGUGACAUUAAAGCAGCACCUUUGCUGGAGAGCCCAUACGCUCAAAAUAACUGACCUGUGUUAUGAGGACAACACAAGUAUUGUGGUAUCUGCGUCUGCUGAUGGAUCUAUUAGACUCUGGUGUGCUUCAAAUGGACAUUAUAUUGGAUACUUUGGACAGAAGAGAGUUUUUGAAUUAACCAAUGAGAAGGAUUAUUUUCUACCAUGUGACAUAAUUGAGACGUCUGUUCAGACAAAAUCAGAGCUAAACAUAUUAGGAAAGAAGAAGAACUAUGAAUAUCCUCUGAUCUAUGACCAUGAUAGAUUCAAGUCAACAAAAAAAUUAGAUGCACCAAUGAAUGAGGAGUCUCUUGCAGGAUCAGCUGUUGACAUGAAAUAUUUUAAAGCUCUGUCAUCUCCCAAGCUGCAAAGUGUAAAGCUUCCGGUGUUACCAGUCUAUGAGCAAAACCAAGAGUCUGAUCCCAGUAUUAUCACAGGAAAACUGAAGGUCAGCACAACGGAAAUAAAAUCAACAGCAACAGAGAACAGAAGAACGCGUUUUCCUCCAAUUCAAGGCAAACAUUAA